ACAGCCCAGCUUGCUAACAAGCUAGUUUAGCCAUCAGGCUGCGGACUGUUGUGGAAGGGAGGUGCGAUGGAUGGGUGCUUUACCCCGCUACGUUUUACAUAUAUGUAUUAGUUAAAAGAGAAUGCGCCUUCUCCGACAAAACCUGCCCCUUGAUAUACUCCGCGCAGUUGCGGAGGGCUGCUAGGUCGCAGCGUAGCGUUAAUAAAUGACCCAGGAGCAUCGGGUUUUGGUUAUAGUUGGAAGAUUAACGCUAGCUGAGGCUGUUUAAGUAGCUACACAGCUAGCCCCUCCUUGCUGUCUACCAUUGCAUUCUUGUGUCUUCUGCGCCAGGAAUGUUUUCCAAAAAGCCUCAUGGGGACGUCAAAAAAUCAACACAGAAAGUGUUGGACCCAAAGAAGGACGUGUUGACGAGACUGAAACACCUCAGAAUAGUCAUAGAAAAUGCAGAGCCUUCAGAGCUGAAACAAUUCUUUGACUUGAACUACUCCCAUAUCUACUAUGUCUUCUUUGAGAACUUUGUCACCAUUGAGGUCAGCCUCAAACAAAAGGGUCACAAGUCACAGAGGGAGGAGCUGGACUCAAUCCUCUUCAUCUUUGAGAAAAUCCUCCAGCUCCUGCCAGAGAGAAUCCAGAGCCGAUGGCAGUUCCACAGCAUCGGGCUGAUUCUCAAGAAGCUGCUGCAUACUGGAAACUCUCUGAAGAUCCGUCGUGAAGGUGUGCGCCUGUUCUUGCUGUGGAUGCAAGCGUUACAGAAUAAUGCAGAGCGUGAGCAGCUCUGCAUGUUUGCCUGUUUGAUUCCCGGCUUCCCAGCUCCACUCUGCCAUGGGACACCGCGCACGCUGGACACUCUGAUCAACCCACCGCUGAGUUUAACAGAGAGUCAGGUCACCCCAGAAGAGAUCACUCCACUGGUUCCUCCCCAGUCAGGUGACAAGAACCAGGAAGACCUCACUGCUUACUUUUUAGAAGCUCUGCUUAAAUACAUGGUAAACCAGGCCAAGUCUCUGGAGUGGCGUUGUAAAGAAAACCAUGAGCGUGGCUUCAGCUUCCUCUUUGGUCACUUCAGGAAGUUUUACCUUCCUCACAUCUUCCCCAACUUUGCCAUGGAAACCAGCCUCUACAACCCCAUACUGGAUGUGCCUCCGAUGCGUCCUAAGCCCUACUACAGCAUAGUGCGCAGGGAGCAAGAUGGUGGUGAAACAUUGUAUUGCACCAAGGAGAGCUUCCUUCAGGCCCGAGUCAUCUUUAUUCGCUGGCUGGUUUCCUUCUGGCUCGAGCCACGACCCAACACACAGACACACAUCCCAGGAACAGAGGGAGAGAACGUUCCCAAGAACAUUCAGCGGGCAGCAGCCGGCCUGGCAGCUCGCUCAGUGGGCAGCUCAGACGACAGUGGUGGAGGCGGGAUUCGGUCUGACAGCCACCUGGAAGGCAGUGGGUCAUCUGGAUCAGGCGGAGGCAGCAUGGGGUUAUCUGGGGGUCCAGGGGCUGGGGGUGAGCCUGAACAAAGCCACUCCAACACAUCUACAUUGACAGAGAGGGAGCCCAGCUCUUCCUCACUGUGCUCCAUAGAUGAAGAGCAGCUGACGGACAUGGAGGUGGUGAGGAGAGUACUGACCAACUCCAGAACCAAUGUCAACUUCAUCACUGAGAUCUUUAGACAGGCAUUUCUCCUUCCCAUGUGCGAAGCUGCAGCAAUGCGUAAAGUGGUCCGUGUUUAUCAGGAGUGGAUCUCCAUUGAGGACAGGCCAGUGUUUAUGAAGGAGCCAGAGGAGGGUCCCUAUCCCAUAGGAGGCAGUCUAGAUUCAGGCUCUCAGCUCGGAGACAAGGAGGAUGAGGGAAUGAACAAGAUGAUUGACAGUGAAUUACUGGAAUACAGCGUUCAUGCUGGAGUUCAGACUACCCUACAGGUAUUCAUCACCCACUCCUCUAACGUUUUCCUACUGGAGCCAGCCAAUGAUAUCAAGAUCCUUUUGGAGGAGCAUGUCGACAUGUGCAAGAGAGUCCUGAACAUCUACCGCAGCCUUGUCAUGCAUGAGACCAUGGACCAGAAAACAUGGGAGCAGAUAUUACUGGUUCUGCUGAGGGUGACGGAGUCAGUGAUGAAAAGACCUCCAUCCAUCAUGCCCCAGGGCAAGAAGAACAACACAUUGUCAGGCAGACUGGCUGGACCUAUCUUUCAGACCUUGAUAGUCGCCUGGAUCAAGGGGAACUUAAACGUCUACAUCAGCAGAGAACUGUGGGACGACCUCCUCUCCGUCCUCUCAUCUCUGACCUGCUGGGAUGAACUGGUCACUGAGUGGUCACUAACCAUGGAGACCCUCACCAAGGUGUUGGCCAGGAACCUUUACAGUGUUGAUCUGAAUGAGCUGCCUCUGGACAAACUCAGUGAACAAAAACAGAAGAAACAUAAAGGAAAAGGUAUAGGUUCAGAGGGCCAGCGACAGAUUGUGGAUCGCUCAUUCUCCAAAGGCUGGAGCAGAGACCAACCGGUCCAGGCAGCAGCCAUGAGGCAGCGAAGUGCCACAACCGCUGGCUCGCCAGGCAUCGAAAAGGCCAGGAGUAUCGUCCGCCAGAAGACUGUAGCCCUGCGUAGCUGUUCUACGGGGGACUCUCUGCUGUCCUCAGCCUUUAUCCGCAGUGCUAAGAGUGCUCCUGCUCUGGCUCCGCCUCUUCCUGUCCUCCUCCACCACCACCACCCUUUACUACCCCCCCUUGCCGACCAGCUGGCAGACCUUGAGGACCCGCCAAUCACGCUGACAUCCCGCACGUCUCGGAUGCGCCACUCCUCCCAGAGCGAUGAUGCCCCUCCCAACUCAUGUUCUGAGGUCUUCCAGGGAGUAGCUUGUGACCUGGAUGGCCCGGCUCCUUCCUCCCUCGCCAGGAGCAGCAGUGCCUCUGACAUCAUGGAGCCUUUUAUCGCAGAGCGGGUCAAAGGUGAAGACCCUCAGAGGGAUCUUGCUACGAUCUCAACCCCUCCCCACCAAUAUUCCACAAGUUCUUCCUUACUUGCAGCCAAAAGCCACGCAGCUCAAGCACCCCCACACCCCUCCACCUCCCUUUCUCCCACCCCUUUUACCUUGUCUAAUGGUGUUGUUGUCUCGUCCUCAGAGGGACAAGGUGAUGGUAGUGUUAAUGACCAGUUCUGGCACCAGAUUGGCAUUCAAAGUGAAGGUUCUAGUUCUGAUUGGGUAAGCGACUGGGGUUCUGCCUUCGCCUGUUCAUCUGAAAAGGAAAUCGAUGUUGAAGAGGGAGAAAUCGGGGCAGCAGUGGAGGAGGAUGAUUUGUUCUCCUCGAUAAGGGACUACCUCACUCACAAAGCAGUUGAGAGGAAGGAGGAUGCAGGAGAGAAAGCUAGUCCUGGUCAUACUCUCGAGAACAGUGUUGUGGCUUUGCCUGUGCAAACAGGGGUAGCUAGAACACAAAUAGAACACACAGGACAGGUCGGAGAGGCAAGACAGGUGGUGAGAGAGGACAGACAGGUAAGUAAAUCUGUGAGACAUAGCAGUGUUGAUUCAACAGAGGAGAAUGAGGGAGAGCAGCUGAGCAUCUACGAGUGCCUAGAGUUGCAGUGUCAGUGGCCAUCACCUAAUUCUAGGGGGAGUGCUAGCUUAGAAAGACACACUGGGGUCAUAAAAGUAGGAGGAAACACAGGAAGGGCAGCAGGAUGGGAAGGGAACUGUGACAUGUUGAGAGAAAAAGUAGAAGAGAAGCAGGAUGAUAAAGAAGCAGCAGCAAAAGAGAGGUCCAGUGUCAUUAGACAAGAAACUAACACUGUAGAAUCAGAACUAAAUCAAACUCCCCACACUUCCGACACAACUAAGGCCAAGUUGUCCCGUAGUAGCAACAAGAGGCACCAUUCGGGGGGUGUUCAUGUCAGCUUCCGGCCCUCAACUGAGUCGGUCCAGUUCCACAACCCCCUUGAGAAUAAAGAGGCUCACUGGAAAGCCAGGCUACGCCGCCUGAGUCACUUCCACACACACAGCCACUCAGCUGGGGAGAGGUCUGGGGCCGGAGCUGGGACAGGGUCAGGUGCCAAGCUGGGAGCAGGGGGUGCAGGUAAGUUUGGGUCUGUUGCUGGGAUAAGCCAUAGAGCAGGGGCACAUGAGAAAUUGCCCACUGGGACUGUUAUGGAUAACUGUGGGGCAGAGAGCACCACAGUAGCUGGAGGCCUGGAAAGCAGGGCCGGCACUGGAGGGGACAAGGACAAGCAACACUCCGGAUCCUGUGCAGGAGCCUACCUGGGCUCUGAGGCUCACUCAGAGAUGCAGUCAAGCAGUUCAGGUUUCUCUGGCGUGUCGUCAGGGGUGCGUGGUCGCCUGGGACGUUCCGCCUUGCGAUCGCGAGCCUCCCGCUCACGCUCCCAGGAGCCCGGCAGCACGGCCUCACGACACCACCAAGGGGCUCUCCUUGGUGGUGUCUACAAGUCUGUAGUUCAUGCUCUGUCCUCAAAGCCUCGGCCCCGAGGUCAGGGGUCAUCCCAAGGCUCGUCGCCACAGCGACAGGGCCGCGCUGCCACAGGUGACGCAUCGCUAAGAGACCUCUACUCCCACGUCCUGGGCUACUUUGGACGAAAGACGACUACGCCAGUCACCAAAGAGGAGGUUGUCCAGAAGGCUCGUCCAGUCUCCAGCGAUGUAGGAAGCUCCAACCCAAACUUUUCUGACUUGAUGGAUGAGUUUAUCCAGGAGAGGCUGCGGGCCAAAGGAACAGCAGGCCGUCGUGGCAGCAGCCCAGGAAGUCUGGAGGUUCCCAGGGACCUGCCGGAGCUCCUUGAGGCAGGUCAGAGUCCUGGAUCUCGACCCUCAGAUGAUCACCGUCCUAUUGAUGAUCCUGGGGUUCCCUCUGAGUGGACGUCACCUGCAAGCGCCAGCGGUUCUGAUGUCAUCAGCUCAGACAGCCAGUCAGACUCCUUUAAUGCAUUUCAGUACUCCACCUGCAAGUUUGAUAAUUUCACUUUUAGUUCAGAAGCAGGAGGAGGAGCUGGAUCUGGAGGAGGAGGCCGAGGCAGCUCACUGGACCAGGACAGCCUGGGAGGGGGCGGAGCCUGUGAUGAACAUGAAGUAGCCAGUUUGACGACGCUUCACCUCGACUCAGAGACCAGCAGCCUCAGCCACACUGUCACUGUUACUGGUUCUGAGAGUGCGUCUCCCAUGCAUUCCCUUGGUGGCUCUCGCUCCCAGACGCCCUCACCAGCCACACUGACAGCAGAACACACUGAUCACACACACUCCCACUCACACACACACCUGCAGCUGGACCAGAAGCUCCACAACUCCGUCCUGCAGACUCCUGAUGACCUUGAAACCAGUGAGUUCCCCAGCGAGGACUGCAGUGUGAUGGCGGGUGGCUCUCUAACUGGAUGGCAUGCAGAUGUUGCCACGGUAAUGUGGCGCAGAAUGCUUGGUAUCCUGGGGGAUGUCAAUACCAUCAAAGACCCUGAGAUCCAUGCUCAGGUCUUUGACUAUCUGUGUGAGCUGUGGCAAAACCUGGCCAAGAUAAGAGAUAAUUUAGGCAUUUCUCUGGACAACCAGUCAUCUCCCCCUCCCCCUGUUCUGAUCCCACCCCUGAGGAUCCUCACCCCUUGGCUCUUUAAGGCCACCAUGCUGACAGAGCGUUACAAGCAGGGGAAGCUCCAUGCCUACAAGCUGAUCUGCAGGAUCAUGAAGAGGCGGCAAGAUGUUUCCCCAAACACAGACUUUCUCACACACUUUUACAACAUCAUGCAUCAAGGAUUGCUGCACCAAGAUCAGGACAUCGUGAACACAAUCAUAAAACACUGCAGUCCAAGGUUCUUCAGUAUCGGCCUUCCUGGAGCCACUAUGCUGAUCCUGGACUUCAUCAUUGCCGCUUCUCGAGUCACCACCUGCUCAUCACUCAAUGCUCCAAGAGUAGAGGCCCAGAUCCUGCUUGGAUCACUGGUGUGUUUUCCCAACUUGUAUGGGGAGCUCCCAGCACUCCAUCCCACCACAGCCGACGUGGUGCUCACCAAGUUCCCUGACGUCAAGGAGCAUGUUAUCAAAACCAUCCUGACCUCUGCCAGGGACGAACCCUCUGCUCCUGCCAGGUGUGUGGCUCUGUGCAGUCUGGGUAUCUGGCUGUGUGAAGAGCUGGCUCGUGGAACUCAACAUCCACAGAUCAAAGAUGCUCUCAACGUCAUCUGUGUAACUCUUAAGUACCCUAAUAAGAAUGUGGCACUGGUGGCAUCAGACAUCCUUCACCUCCUGAUCAGUCACGUGGAUCAUCUACAGAAAUUCCCCCCCGACACUCCAAAGAAGAUCGUGGAGAUUUUGAUCGCCACCAUCACAUACUUGCUUCCUGCUACUGAGUCUUCUCCUCAUGAGCUGGAUAAGAGGCUGGUAGUGUCCCUCCUGUUGUGUCUGUUGGACUGGGUGAUGGCUCUGCCUCCAAAGUCUCUUCUUCAACCUGUACAAACACGUAGCCCUCCAGAGAAGGACCAGCCCACCAAGACUCUGCUCAGCUGUAUAUAUAAGGUAUUACACGGUUGUGUGUACGGAGCCCAGUCUUUCAACAGUCCCAAGUAUUACCCACUGCAGCUCUCAGACCUGCUGAGUCCAGACUACGACCCAUUCCUGCCGUUAGAGAGCCUCCGAGAACCAGAACCCCUGCACAGCCCAGACUCUGAACGCUCCAGCAAACUGCAGCCUGUCACAGAAGUUCGUAGUCGUAUUCAGCAGGGCCUGGUUUCUAUUGCAGCCAGAACAGUUAUCACACACUUGGUCAACCACCUAGGACAUUAUCCAAUGUCUGGAGGGCCUGCGACUCUCUCCAGUCAGGUGUGUGAAAACCAAGACAACCCAUUCUGUGAGAGUGCAGAUCUUGGACCAGAGCUUUUUCAUUCACCAAACCUACAGUUUCUGGUUCUGAAUGGCUCCACGCUGCUCUCAGUGUAUCAGAUCCGAUCCGAGUCUGGUGUACCAGGAGGUGGAAUGACGGCUGGUUUGUCUUCUGCCCCCGCUUGCGUUCGUGUCAUCAUCCGAGAUGUAGCGGGAAAACACUCCUGGGAUUCUGCUGUUCUCUACGGGCCUCCACCAUGUUCCCCGAACAGCCCAACACACACAUUUUUGUCACACACACAAUCACCUCACAGUGCGAAUCUUCAUUUACACACUCCACCAGGAGGUCCACUGAAAAAGAUGGGAGUGAGAGAAGACAGCGAAGAGGAUGGGCAGGUGGAUAGGGAGGCAGAGGAGGGAGGACGAGGGGUGGAGGGUGAAAGGCAAGAGUUUCAGGGAGAGAGGGAUGAGGAGGAAGAAGAAAAGGUCACUGAGGAAGAGAAGGGAGAUCAAAGAAGAGAUGAGGAAGUGGAGGAGCUGGAGGAGAAGAAUGAGCACAGGAUGGAUGGGGAGGGGGAUCGAGACGAGUCGGGCUUGGAACAGCUUCUUGCCCCGCCAUUGGCUAAACGUGUGUGUCGGGAGGCAGUGCCAGCAUGGGACUCACUGACGGAGGGGGACGAUGCACUGGAUGAAAUGCUGCAGUACCUGGGCUACUCAAGUCCUGAAUGUCUACAGAGAGCAGGCAUGCCGCUUAACAUCCCAGCCCCUCCUCCAGCAUGUGUUUCUGAAAAGCAGGAAAACGACGUGAUCAAUGCCAUCCUGAAGCAGAGUGCUGAAGAAAGAGAGUUUGUCCUUCAUAGAGGUGAGGAGUUGAACAUGAGAGCAGUGCAGCAGACUGAGCCAGAGACUCAGACGCCACAGUCAGCGUUCUACUACUGCAGACUACUGAUCAACAUACUGGGACUCAACUCCUGGGAGAAGAGGAGUAACUUUCAUUUGUUGAGGAAGAAUGAGAAGUUACUGAGAGAGCUGAAGAACCUGGACUCACGGCAGUGCCGAGAGACUCAUAAAAUAGCAGUAUUUUAUGUGGCUGAGGGCCAAGAGGAUAAACACUCCAUACUAACCAACACAGCGGGCAGCCAAGCUUAUGAAGACUUUGUCUCUGGACUGGGCUGGGAGGUGGACCUCACUACUCACUGUGGCUUCAUGGGAGGUCUCCAGAGGAAUCGCAGCACAGGCCAGACUACACCGUACUACGCCACCUCUACUACUGAGGUCAUCUAUCAUGUCUCCACCCGCAUGCCUCAUGACCAGGACCACAACCUCACUAAGAAGCUUCGACACCUGGGUAAUGACGAGGUCCACAUUGUUUGGUCGGAGCAUUCCAGAGACUACCGUCGAGGGAUCAUCCCAACAGAGUUUGGAGAUGUGCUGAUCGUCAUCUACCCCAUGAAGAACCACAUGUACUCAAUCCAUAUACUCAAAAAACCAGAGGUGCCAUUCUUUGGUCCACUGUUUGAUGGUGCCAUAGUGGACAUGAAGAUUUUGCCCACCAUGGUCAGAGCCACAGCUAUCAAUGCCAGUCGAGCUCUGAAAUCCCUCAUUCCCCUGUACCAGAACUUCUAUGAGGAGAGAGCCCGAUACCUAGAAACCAUCGUACAGCACCACCAGGAGCCAACCACGUUUGAGGAUUACGCAGCUCGGGUCUACAGCCCUGCUCCCUGCACACACCUUCCCUCUGACACAGGCUCCUGCCUAGAGAUUCUUCGGGGAGAAAGUCCGGCUCUUGGGGAGGCCGGGAGCGACUCGGCAUCCCCCAUGUCUCCUCGGACUAGCAAGAGCCGCAUGUCCAUGAAGCUGCGACGCUCCUCUGGAUCGGCCAAUAAAACUUAAGCUCUCCGGCCUAGUCCAAACUAACACUUCAUGUCACUUCAUGUCCGAUCAGUCGGACUCUUUAGUCCUCGAAAGAUGUUUUCUCAGAGGAAAUUUGGUCAUCGAUCGUACUUAAAUCAAAUUAAAUAUGACACGCAUCGAAUUUAACAGGAAAAAUGAUGCGCGGUGUUCCCGGGCUCAUCCCAUCUUCUCCAGCAUGCUGCCGUUCUGACACUGGCCUUUUAUGUACAGACCGCUUUAUCGCACAAUUGUACACUCAAAAUCAUGUAAUAAUUUUCUGUGGACUAUAUUAUACUGUUACUUCAUUUUGAAACUGCUCGCAGCUACUGAAUUAAUCCUUAGCUUUGCUGUCAAACAACCAUUUGAAACAGUACGGCAGCAUGCUGAUCUCUGCCACAUUAGAAGAAGAGCAGCCUUAGCAGUGCAGUAUUAGUUCAUAAUAAUCUGUGCCAUGUUAGAAAUUGCACAAACUCCAGUGUAACCAGUACUGCGAACAGCUUAAGUGUGCCACAUUAUACAUUGAGAUCAAACUGCUGAGCAAAGAGACACAAAAGCUGACACUGUUGAAGGUCCCUAUGGGGAAUCUGUAUAUUUGUACAAUAGUCAGUCCAUAUGUGUACAGAUGGAAACAUGGGUUUUGAUAUAAUAUGGAUAAAUUCAGUGUCUGACCUCUUGUGUUGCCUGAAGAAAGUAAGAUAAAAGUCUAUUUUUGUUCUCAGUACAGCAUUAGAAAAUAUAAAGAUAAGAGGUCACUUUAUAUUCUGCCCUCAUUAACUGUAAAUACAAACUCAUCUAUUUGCUUACAAUAAUAGAAACGUGUCAUCGUGGAUGUGGCAGCGCUCUAAAGCCAAAAACGCUCCGUGUGUUUGAACCCAGAAGAAAAUCCCCUCCUUGAACUUACGGGGCUGACAUUCAAUCCAUGUGAGACAGUGUUACAGCAGUGAUGGAGGGAAUAUUGUCCUACAUAAAGGAGAGAAAAGCGCUUUCUAGAAAUUAAUGACAGGUUACUGAUCAAAGAGGAAGCACGUUUAGUUUUUUGGGGGUUUUUUGCUGUAAAAUGUGGACAAGCACUGAUGUUCAUUACAUUUAUUUUCCUUUGUUUGUUUUAAUUGACUGUAUAGUGUGUUUUGACCCAAACACGAAUGUUGCUGUAUUUUUAAGUUCAGUGUCACUCCGUCAUCUGACGCAAUCGAACCACAGCUAUUCUUUCCUUGUUCCUUUGACUAUAUAUAUAUAUACAUUAUGUAUAUCUAUAUAUGUAUGAGUAUAAAUAUAUAUAUAGUAGAUAUAUGAAUAUCUAUAAGAAUGUGUACAGUGUGAGGAGGCUUGUUGUGUAUAUACUGUUGUGUGAGAAUAGCUGCCAAAGCCAAACUGUGGUUUAACCUCGGACCACAUAUCUGUUUCAAAUGGGUUGACACUACAAGAUUUUAUGUUUCAAUGUUGUUGUUUUUUUCCUUUUCAUAACCAGUUUGCACUUCAUUUUCAAGGAGUUUUAAGAUAAUUUCAUUGUAGCUUAAGUAAUUGUCUGUACUAGUUAUAAGUGUAAUCUUGGUACCACAGCCAGGAUAAAUCUAAAAGAAGAAGGCAAGGCCAUUAUUUCCUCACAUUUUUUGUAAUCAUUUGACAUAUUGCUCAGUGUGGCUCCAUGUCUGUUGAGGCAGGUUUAGUUAAGGACUGUUUGUGGAAGGAGGAAAAACAAAAGAGAGAUACUGUAGAUCAGAGGCCAAAGAGAGGAAGAAAAGGAAAAGGAAAAGAUGUCAACUUAUCUCUUAAAUACGAACAGUUUAUCGCUUCUUUUUUUUUCCUGUUACUCUUAUAUUUAGACUCGUCCCCUCUUCCAGCUCUGGAUAGAGGGGAUUCGCAUGUAACCACAGAAUUUAACACUACUAUAGAUGAUCUUUGUGUAUUCAACAACUUAAUUUCAGCACUCCAUCAGUUCAGCUCAGCUCAACUCAAAUUAAGUGUUUCAAAUAAGCUUUCAUUGUAAAAGUACAUUCAUCUUGUCUACCGUCCCACAUGAUAGCUUGUUUUCCACAUCUCCAUUUUGUUCUUUUGCAGUUGCCUCAUCCCUGGUUAAGGAAACAUGCACGUAUGAAAGAUUUGAAUUGGCAAAUCUGGAUCUCAGUUUAAGGUUUUGCAUUAUGCUUCACUGCUUGAAGUUAAGUGUUUUCACGGCUGUAUUUUCUGUUACUGUUUAAUUUUGUUUAUGUUUUAUUGCAGCCAUAGAUUCUCUGUAGAGAGAAACAGGACUGUAAGAUUGUUUUGUUUAGUUUAUUUUGACCCCUCCAUGGGGUUGUCAAACUCAUGUUGUUUCUUUGUUUGUGAACAUUUGAAGUCAGCCGAGAUUUGAGUUGUCCCUUUAAAUUAUUGCUGUUACAAUUGUUAUUAUUGCUGAGAUUGAAGCACCAUUGAUUGGUUGAGGCAUGCGGUCCAGUAGCCCCAUUGCACUCUGGGACUGAUUUGUACUUGCUGUAUAUAGACUACAGCUCAUCUGCCAGUCGCCGACUGUGUCCUGUAAACAAGUCGACAACCUGAACCUGUUCAAUACAUCCCAUGCUCUGUCCCAGACAGCAACACUCCUUUAUACUCUAUGGAUUAAAAUAGCAGCGUGUCAUGAUGCUGCCUUUAAGUCCCAAAGAAAAGGUGGGACAUUUCACACUUCAGGUUGUUUAAAAGAAUUAAAAUACUGCUGAGGAUUUCAGUGAUUAGCUCAAAUUAUCUGCUCACUAAAGUGGACUGAAGUCAGAUGUAUGACUCUUUUAAUGCAUGUUUGUUCGGUUUAAAAAUCUUGAUCAGCAACAACCAAAAUAUAAAACAUAGGUUAAAAAGCCCUGAAGCAUUUUAGCAAAUAAAUUUCAACUACCCCGAUAGUCUGUAGGAUUUGGACUCAAAUUUGUAGAAAUAUUGUUCUGACCAGAACGGGACAUUCGGGUUGUCUAAAUAUGGAUGAAAAAAAGUCGGACUACCUUUUCUCCAGCAGCCAUAUCAACCGCAGAAACACGGUCGUCAAUAAAAAUGUUCUGUGCCUGUGUCGAUGGAUGUUGUGAACGUGCCGGCUAUGAUGGAUACGGGUUAAGCUGCGGUCCAGACGUUAGCUCGGAACAAAGCUGAUGUAUGUAACUACUGACUGUACAUACUGCAUGACACCAGUUCAAGACUUACUGCAUGUGUUGACCAUUUAACAGCUGUAUCACAAUAUACACAUGACUCCUCAAAAUAUGUUACUGUCAGACCUGUAGUAUGUAAACGUGUACUGUCUCUUUUGGACACACAGCGAUGAUGGAAUUUGACAAUAAAUGAUUCGUACCACUGA